UCUAAGGUAUUCAAACAUAGUUUUGAAUGGAUUUGGAAGGAUCUUUGUGAUCUCUCUUUGUUUCACCCAUUGCUUCUAAGGUCCCGAGGAAUUUUUAUGGCGGUCUGUGGCCAACCGUAGGAAGUAGUCUCUAGAUGGGUGAAGGGCAGAAACUCCAUGUGGACCAAUGGGAAGUCUUGUCCUUCUCAGGCUUGGUACAAGAGGUCUUCUUCGUGCCCUCUAAGAGAGUUCUGUCCAAAUGCAAAGACCAAAGUCAUCUGAACCCAGCUGUGUGUCUAUGAAGAGUGACCGGUCAAUGGAUCCUCCACGUAACUUUAGUGGACACACUGACCAUGGGCUUAGACCGGACCCUCCAGAACCCAGCUGUGUGUCCGUGAAGAGUGACCGGUCAAUGGAUCCUCCACGUAACUUUAGUGGACACACUGAUCAUGGGUUUAGGCUGGACCCAACAGAACCCAGCUGUGUGUCUGUGAUGAGUGACAGGUCAAUGGAUCCUCCACGUAACUUUAGUGGACACACUGAUCAUGGGUUUAGACCGGACCAGCCAAAACUGAGCUGUGUGUCCAUGAAGAAAGACCAGUCAAUGGAUCCUUCACCUAUGCUUAGUGGACACACUGAUUCUGGGAUUAGUAGUGGCCCUCAACACUCCGAAACCCUCAAGAGAUUCAGAUCAAAUCUGAGGAAGAAGUUUGAGUGUCUGUAUGAGGGAACAGCAAAGCAGGGAAACCCAAUACUUCUGAAUGAGAUCUACACUGAACUCUACAUCACAGAGGGUGAUUGUGGAGAGAUCAAUAAUGAGCAUGAGGUGAGACAGAUUGAGGCUCAAUCAAGCAGAACAGCAACAGAGGACACACUUAUCAAAUGCUCUGACAUCUUCAGACCUUUAUCUGGACAAAACAAACCCAUCAGAACUGUGCUGACAAAGGGAGUCGCUGGCAUUGGAAAAACAGUCUCUGUGCAGAAGUUCAUCCUAGACUGGGCUGAAGGGAAAGAGAAUCAGGACAUCCAGCUCAUAUUUCCACUUCCUUUCAGAGAGCUCAACCUAAUGAAAGACAAAAAACUCAGUAUUGCAGAUCUUCUUCAUGUCUUCUUCCUUGAAACAAAAGAAAUUAGACCAUUCAGUGGUGAAUAUAAAGUGUUGUUCAUCUUUGAUGGUCUGGAUGAGUGUCGCCUGACUCUGGAUUUUCAGAGCGAUGUGAGGUUGUGUGAUGUGACUGAAUCAGCCUCAGUGGACGUGCUGCUGACAAACCUCAUUGUGGGGAAUCUGCUUCCCUCUGCUCUCAUCUGGAUCACCUCCAGACCAGCAGCAGCUGAUCUCGUCCCCUCUGAGUGUGUCCAUCGAGUGACAGAGGUACGAGGCUUCAAUGAGCCACAGAAGGAGGAAUACUUCUGGAAGAGAAUCAGUGAUCAGAGUCUGGCCAAUAAAAUCAUUACACACCUGAAGUCAUCAAGGAGCCUUGACAUCAUGUGCCACAUCCCAGUGUUCUGCUGGAUCUCAGCCACUGUUCUGGAGAAGAUGUUGAGCGAAGCAAAGAGUGGAGAGAUUCCCAAGACUCUCACUCAAAUGUACACACACUUCCUGAUCAUUCAGACCAACAUCAAACAUGAGAAGAACUACGAGAAGAAAGUGAAGGAUGAAGACAUGAUCCUCAAACUGGGGAAACUGGCAUUCCAGCAGCUUGUGAAAAGAAACCUGAUCUUCUAUGAGGAAGACCUGAGAGAGUGUGGUAUUGAUGAGACAGAAGCUUCAGUGUACUCAGGAUUGUGCACUCAGAUCUUCAGAGAGGAGUUGGGCUUGUAUCAGGGGAAAGUCUUCUGCUUUGUUCAUCUGAGCAUUCAGGAACAUCUAGCAGCUCUUUAUGUGCUGCUUUCAUUCCUGCUGCACAAGAGGGAUGUGCUCAAUGAAAGCCUCAGCUCAAAACAUUCAAAUGAGUUCACGUGUCACACAAUAUCUGACCUCCAUCAGAGAGCCGUGGACAAGGCUCUGCAGAGUAAGAAUGGACAUCUGGAUCUUUUCCUGCGGUUCCUUCUGGGUCUCUCGCUGGAGUCCAAUCAGAUGCUCCUGAAAGGCCUUGUGACACAUGUUAGAAACAUCUCGUACAGUAAAGACAAAUCAAUUGAGUACAUUAAAACAAGAAUAAGAAUGAAUCCCUCACCAGAGAAAUCAAUCAACCUUUUCCACUCUUUAAAUGAACUGGGCAAUCAUUCUCUCGUAAAUGAAAUCCAGGAGUGUCUCAGAUCUGGAGGUCUUUCAAACACCAGAUUGUCCUCGUCACAGUGGUCAGCUGUUGUCUUUGUUUUAUUAACCUCAGAGUGUUUGGAUGAGUUUAAGUUAAAGAAAUACAUAAGCACAAAUCGAGGCCAAAACCACAUGUCACCAGAUGAAGUACUUCAGAAACUCUUGCCUGUAGUUGAAGCCUCCAGAUCAGCAGAGUUAAGUGAUUGUUGUAUCACAGAUAAAGGUUGUGCUGCUCUGGCUUCAGCUCUGAGAUCAAACUCACACCUCAGAGAACUGGAUCUGUCUGAGAAUAAACUAGGAGAUGGAGGUCUGAUGUUUCUCUCUGAUGGACUGAAGGAUCCUCACUGUAAACUGGAGAAACUGAUGUUGAAUAAAUCUGGUGUCACAGCUGAAGGUUGUGCUGCUCUGGCUUCAGCUCUGAGAUCAAACUCACACCUCAGAGAACUGGAUCUGACUGAGAAUAAAAUAGGAGAUGGAGGUCUGACGCUUCUCUCUGAUGGACUGAAGGAUCCUCACUGUAAACUGGAGAAACUGACGUUGUGGAAUUGUAAUAUCACAGACGAAGGUUGUGCUGCUUUGGCUUCAGCUCUGAGAUCAAACUCACACCUCAGAGAACUGGAUCUAACUGAGAAUAAACUAGGAUGUAGAGGUCUGACGCUCCUCUCUGAUGGACUGAAGGAUCCUCACAGUAAACUGGAGAAAUUGAAGUUGUAUGAUUGUGGUAUCACAGCUGAAGGUGGUGCUGCUCUGGCUACAACUCUGAGAUCAAACUCACACCUCAGAGAACUGGAUCUGACAUGGAAUAAAAUAGGAGGUGGAGGUCUGAUCCUGCUCUCUGAUGGACUGGAUCCACACUGUAAACUAGAGAAAUUGAUGUUGAGAUAUUGUAAUAUCACAACUGUAGGUUGUGCUGCUCUGGCUUCAGCUCUGAGAUCAAACUCACACCUCCGAGAACUGGAUCUGUCUGGGAAUAAUCUACGACAUGCAAGUGUGAAGAGUCUCUCUGCUUUAAAAGAUGAUCCACAUUAUGAACUGAAGACACUGCUCUAUUAAAAGAUGAAUAUGGAGCCACUGGAGACAUCAUCAACACUGAAGUCACGUGACCUUUACUGCACUUUACUGUAUAUAAUUGUACAUAUUUUUUGUAUAAGAUUCAAUAAAGUCACUUAUUUUUC